AUCAGUUUGUGUUUGAGGUUUACCUUUUGGUGGUGUCUGAAAAGUGUGCUUAGCUCCUCUUGCUCAGGACUUCCUUAGAGAGAGAGAAAAUACUUAAGAAAACGUUCUAGUUCUCAAUUAAAUUUUUUUUCGUAUUUUUUAAAACAAAAAUCAAAAAAAUAAUGAAGUGUGUUGUUGCUGUUUUGUUGAUUGCCGCCGUGGCUAGCGCCGUUCCCGUUGAAUAUGGUCACUAUGCUGCCCCAGCUCUCGUGCACGCUGCCCCUGCCUACGUCCAUGCCCCCCUUCACAAGGCUGUGGUCCACGAACCAGUUGCGUACCCCAAGUACUCCUUCAACUAUGGCAUUAAGGAUCCCCACACCGGCGACAUCAAGUCUCAGGCCGAGGAGCGCGAUGGUGAUGUCGUGAAGGGACAGUACUCCCUGGUGGAGCCCGAUGGUUCCGUGCGCACUGUUGAUUACACCGCCGAUGACCACAAUGGCUUCAAUGCUGUGGUCCACAAGUCUGCUCCAGCUGCCCACAAAGUCAUUGCCGCUCCAGCUGUCCACCUGGCACAUGCUCCAGUCCUCAGCCACUAUCUCCACUAAAGCGGCCAUUCAUCUGUCUAAAGGCAUUUCAAUUACCAUAACACAUUAAUCGUUAAACGUCUCUCUUUCUCUUAUAUAUAUUUCUUUUGAUAUGUAUUACCUGUAAGACAAGCGACGAAAGCGACUCAUUGCAUCACGAAGAAAAAAAUAUGUUAUAUUGUAAAGUUUUAACCAACGCUAUUCAUCAUCAUCAUCGAUUCUCUCCACCCACCACAAAUGUGUAGAGAUUUUAUUCUUCCUCCUCCUUGGUAGAGCUUUCCACCUCUGCGAAUCCUCUCCUAUCCUUUUGCAAACAAACAAAAAAAACCAUCACAAGAGCUUUUUUAUUGAUGCCAAUAAGGACAAAAUCCCGAUUGUGAUUGGCCCCAAAAAGGUGGAAUGUAGAGUGUUUUAACUUGUGAUAAUCUCUCUUAUGAACUCUAUUUUAUCUAUAUUUUUCAUAAUCUCACUAUCUUUACAAUCACACUUUUCUUCCCCUUUGCCAAUGCCUUUCACAUCGAAAAAAAGCUCCUUAAAAGCUCUCUAUCUCUUCCCUAAGGUACAAGAUUCUUAUUUUUUUAUAAAAAAAUAUUUUGUGGAGAAAUUUUUCAUCUUUUCUCUCCUCCACCCAAAAACAAUCCUCUGAGGAUUCUUCCUCUUUCUUCAAUCUUUCUUCUUCUCCACCGAUCUCUUCUUCCAGCUACCUUCCUUCUUCCUCACUUUUCUCAACAAUAAUUAUAUUUUAUUUGUGAACAAUUUCUCCCUACACAAAAUACUUCUUAUAUUUUUACAAAAUGUGCAUAUAUAGACAAAAAAAACAAGCAAUGUAUAUAACACAAAAAGCAAAAAAAUCAAAUAAAGUGUUGAAAAAACCA